CCAGCUCAUCGUCGGAUAUCGAAUUUCCUUCCGACUCGGUACAUUCCAACGCGAUAACGACUAGAUUUCCAAGCUGAUUUCUCCAUAAGAUGUAAAAAAUUGCGAUGAAACGGCAAUCUAUGAUUCUAAAGUAAUACCGUACUCAGAAUAGCACACGAAAGCAAUGCGACCGUAGAUCCGUUCUUCGACGUCCCUCCAAUAUGUCACCAGCAACAAGCUUUGCCGAUUCCUCGGCUCUCGAAUCCGAACCUCUUUUAUCCUCGCGCUCAAAUUCCACCAACCAUCUCUCCUCCCCUCCUCCCAAACCCUCCCGCCAAAUAGAAGACGAUACCAUUCCUGAAACUAGCACUCUAGGUCGAAGCCUCUCUUGGUCCAGCGCCUACAUCCUCGUCAUAUCCCGAGUCAUCGGUUCGGGAAUCUUCGCAACCCCUGGACCUAUCCUCAAAACAACCGGUAGCAUUGGUCUUGCGCUUCUCCUUUGGAUUGCCGGUUCUCUACUAGCUUGGCUCGGACUCCAAAUCUCCCUAGAAUAUGGAUGUAUGCUCCCCAGAUCCGGAGGCGAGAAGGUCUAUCUCGAAUUUACGUAUCCGCGACCACGAUUUCUGGCUAGUACGUUGGUAGCCGUACAUGCUGUUUUACUAGGCUUCACUGCUAGUAAUUGUAUCGUAUUUGGCGAAUACAUACUCUUUGCAUUUGGGAUUGAGGGCACAGAAUUAGGACAAAAAGCCAUCGCGUUAGGCCUCCUCACUUGGAUAACCAUCGUGCAUGGAUGUUUUCUCAAAACAGGAAUAUGGAUUCAGAAUUUCCUAGGAUGGAUCAAAGUAGGCCUAAUAUUAUUUAUGGCAUCCACAGGAAUUUUCGUCGUGGUAUUCGGUGUGAAGCUUCCGGAAACACAAGCUCCUCUUUCUACGUUUUCAAGAGAUGGGUUUUCAUGGGAUGGACUUUGGGAGGGUUCGAAUUGGCAUUGGGGAACUUUGACCACGGCUGUUUUUAAGGUCUCGUAUUCUUAUGCUGGCUUGUCAAAUCUUAACAAUGUUCUUAAUGAAGUUAAGGAUCCUGUGAGAACAUUGAAAACUGUUGCACCGGCUGCGUUAUUUACGGCUUGUUCAUUGUAUCUACUAGCGAAUUUCGCGUAUUUGUCAGUGGUUCCGCUGGAAGAAGUGAAGGGAAGUGGACAGCUUAUCGCUGCCUUAUUCUUCCAGAGAGUUUUCGGAGACAUUGGAGGACGUAUCCUCUUACCACUUGCUGUAGCGGUUAGUGCGGCAGGGAAUGUUAUGGUGGUUACAUUUACACUUGUAAGUUAACCAUAUUUUCCCACUUCUCCUACUUCUCCCUCCAUUGGUCACUAUGACCCGAAGUUCGAGUUUGCAAUUAAAACUCCAUCAGGCUCGCGUAAAUCAGGAAAUCGCCCGUCAAGGUUUCCUCCCCUAUUCCAAAUAUCUCUCCUCCUCCGCCCCUUUCGGCGCACCCCUCGGCGGUCUAAUAGUCCACUACAUCCCCUCCUUCCUCGUAAUAGCCAUCCCUCCCCGCGGAGACGUCUACAACUUUAUCCUCGACGUCGAAGGUUAUCCCGGACAAUUUGUCGCUCUAGCAAUAUCCCUAGGUUUAAUCUAUUUACGCUACAAUCGACCCGAUCUCAAAAGACCUUUCAAAGCCUGGCUACCAGCCGUAUGGAUCAGGAUAGUAAUUUGUCUAGCAUUGAUAGCCGGACCAUUUUUCCCGCCGGAAAAAGGAAACGCGGAUGUGGGAUUCUGGUAUGCUACUUAUGCGGUUGUGGGGGUGGGGAUUAUACUUUUUGGGCUGGGGUGGUGGGUGGUGGUUUUUCGGGUGUUGCCUACUUGGGGAAGAUAUAGAGUUGAAGAGGAAGUAGAAGUUUUGGGGGAUGGGACUAGUGUUACGAGAUUGGUUAGGGUUAAGAAUGAAGAAUGAAGAGUCAUAGAAUAGAAUUGGUUUGGUACCUAUAGAUAUUUUGACUUGAGUUAUGAGUUUGCAGUAAUUAUAUAUAACAAACCACAGCAAACAUAUUAGAUUUAUUAACCCCUCAAUCCUAAAUCAUCAUCUCCGAAUCUCUAGUUUAGCGAUAGGCUUGGAAUUCUUGC